AUGAAUUUAAAUCACUUCUAUUUUGAUACAAAUUCUCAAUGCAACAAAGAAGAUGACCAAUCACAAUUGAGUAGAGCUGAAUUUACAGUCCCACCUAGUCCCAUCGCUACUUCUGAUUUAGGAAACAUCGAAUUAAUUACACCGAAGACCGAUGUAAGUAGCACAUUUUAUCAAAAUGCUAAGUUCUAUUUGCAAACACCAACAAUGGAACUGAAUUGCGAUUUCUUUCAGCCAAUGUUGGUCCAAUCACAUCCUGGUAAUAAAAAUCAGAAUAAGACUACACAGCAACAUUCUGUGUCACCCAUAAAGAGUACCUCGAUGAAUUCCAUGAGCAGUGUCUCGAAAACUGCAGCACCGAUAACACCGACUAUAAAUAACUCAUCAACAGCAUAUUUGCAGACGCCAAAUUCAGCAAGAUCCUCAAGUAGUGGCCCGAUGUCGGGUAGUCACUUCUCUCCUAGUCAAGUAGUAGGAUUAGGGUUGUCUGUUACAUCCAACAAUGACUCCCGUCAAUUUGAAAAUCGUUAUAAGCAAUCUGAUCAGACUGCCUAUGGAGUUACACAUGAGGUUCCAAAUCAAUUCACGCUUAAUAAAAAAUCAUUGAUUGAAAAUGACAAACAGUAUGAACUUGUCUACUCAGACCCGUACACCAAAACAAGAGAUCACGAUACGAGCAUACAAGCAAUUCCCAGCAGUGCUUUGAUAGCCAAUAAUUCUCCGACAACAAUCGAGAAUGUGAGCACAAAUUCUGAACCAUCAGAAGAAGAGUUCUCGAAUAUACUUUCGAGUACUUCGAAUGAGCUAGAAGUGUCUGUAUGCAAUUUGUUUGAUUUUGAUUUAUUUGGAAAACCGCUGUCAGAUAUUCAAUCAAACGAACCUAACAGUGAUGAUGUGUCGGUGUCAUUUAUCAGUAAAGAACCAAAUGAAUCUAGCUUCGAUUUAGCUGAUGUUGUUGCGCUUGAGAAUGAGCAUUGCCAGCAAGAAUUAAUGCAGCAAGAUUUUCUAACAUCAACUGUCGAUAAGAAAGCUCUUGUCAAGAAAGCUAAUAAAAGAAUACCAAAACCCCAUCCAAAGAAAAUGCUAAGGCAUGCAAAAUCCUUUAACGACAGAUCUGAUUUAAUGAAUUCAGCUCAAAAUAGUUCUACCCUUUUAUUAAAUUUAAACCCUAAGAGCCAGAAUACUUCAACCUCGCCUAAACAUGAACCUCAGUUUUCAUUCAGCGAAUGCUCGAGCUCUUUUCCUGUUAAUGGAAUAAAUAAUUGGUCGUUUGUCAUGGAGCAUGAAAAUAUCGAUAACAUAAAACUGAAGAAAGCUUUAUCUUCGAGGAUCGAUAAACCGACCUUAAAGAGAUCUACAUCGACUACUUUCUUUGAAUGCAAUUCAGUGCAGAAGGGUAACUUUAAUGGACCGAAAGUCUUGAAAGACAUGAGAUCAGGUAUGGCACUGUUUCAAGUACAGCAAUCAGGUGGCAAGUAA